CACGUAUCCUGACAAUAGGAAAUUGUUACUGUUUUUCCUUAAUCCAACUAGAAUAGCCUAGCGCCCUAGCGCGUUAAAGGCCAGUCAUCGUAGUUAGGUACAAGUAACUUUCCUUUUUCAACCAUGGGCUUCGGCGACCGUGGUGGUCGUGGUGGCCGUGGUGGCCGAGGAGGACCCCCUGGUGGCCGGGGUGGUGGUCGCGGUGGCGGCGGCUUUGGCGGCCGCGGUGGUGGCCGUGGAGGCGGUCGCGGCGGCUUUGGCGCUCGCGGUGGUGUUGCCAAGGGUGGUCGUGGUGGCCGUGGAGGUGGUCGCGGCGGUGGCCGCGGUGGCAUGAAGGGCGGCGCCAAGGCAGUUAUCGAGGCUCACCGACAUGAAGGUGUCUUCAUUGCGCGCGGCAAGGAGGAUGCCCUGGUCACGCGCAACCUAGUACCAGGCGUCAGUGUUUACGGAGAGAAGCGUAUUGCUGUUGAGAACGAGGGCGACAAGGUGGAGUACCGCGUCUGGAACCCUUUCCGUUCCAAGCUGGCCGCCUCCAUUCUGGCUGGCGUGGACAACAUUUACGUAAAGCCCGGCAGCAAGCUCCUUUACCUUGGUGCUGCUUCUGGCACCAGUGUUUCGCACUGCUCCGACCUUGUGGGACCAGAGGGCGCUGUCUACGCCGUCGAGUUCUCGCAUCGCAGCGGUCGCGACCUCGUCAACAUGGCCAAGCAGCGGCCAAACGUCAUCCCGAUUAUUGAGGAUGCUCGCCACCCUCAGAAGUACCGCAUGCUUGUGCCUAUGGUGGACGUCAUCUUCGCGGAUGUCGCGCAGCCGGACCAGGCCCGCAUUGUCGGCCACAACGCUCAGUACUUCCUGAAGAACGGCGGCAACUUCGUCAUCUCCAUCAAGGCCAGCUGCAUUGACUCGACGGCGCCCCCGGAGGCCGUGUUCGCGCGCGAGGUCAAGAAGCUGCAGGAGAUGCAGCUUAAACCCAAGGAGCAGGUAACACUGGAGCCUUACGAGCGCGACCACGCAAUGGUUGUGGGCGUCUACCGCCCGCCCCCCAAGAAGAAGGAUUAGGCGGUUGGCUGUGCGCGGGGUGGCUAGGAGAGGGCUAAGAUGCUUGGAUGGGGACCAGCGAGCCAGGUGCUGUCUGACGCUUGCAUAAGCGAUGUAUCAUGUUAACAGCGGUGUUGCGCACGUGUGGCGUUGCCCAUCUAUCGUACGCGUAUGCCCCGGCGGUUGUGACGCCUUGGGAACGGCGACUGUGGUGGGAAGGGGAGGGGAAAAGGGAAGGGGGAGAUUGCUUGAGCGCUUGGCACCUAAUGGGAUGGGUUAGGGGUACUGUACUAUUUGAAUUACAGACGGGACGCACGGGAUUAGCAUAGGGCAGGAACUCAAAAGGCAAAAGUGCCUUUAACCUUUGCUUUGACAUGGCAUGCACGCAGGCGUCGUGUGGUGCGGGUUGCUUGUGGGGGCCAGAGGGUGUAGGUAACUGCGGGGAAGACCAAGCCAUUUGACAUUUUACGAUUACUUGCAGUUAGGCUUGCCGAACUGGCAAAGCGACUUACGACGACGACGUGUGUCCUGACCCAAAACUGUGGGACCUGUGCAUUGACAGGCUACCUUGCUGACGAUAUGUGGGGUAUUAGAACAACCAUGACGGUCUUGGUGGAGAAGAGAGUUGGUUGCUGUGGUUGUUAUCGGACGCUUGCCGUUUAUUGAGCUCGUGUUGUCUCAUACAGGCCGUUUGGCGUGCGGCCUCUUCCCCCACGCGUUGGGAGGAACCAUGCAGGUGCUGUCUAGGCACCGGACACUACACGGGUAAUACAAAUGUUGGCAA